AUGGAGGCAAAUUGUACCUUGUUGCAUUCUUCUCCGAACUUGCAAGUACAAUCCCAAGUAGACUCUAGCGUGCGCGACACAGCAGCCAAGAGGCAUGGCGCUGUUGCAGUUCAGUCUCCAGCUGACCAGCCUAAGCCCUCUGGGGCGUACCAUCCUGAUGUUCAAGAGUGCAGAACCUCUCUGUCAUCAACGCCUAUCAGUUUUUCACGCAAUGAACAUACCGCAUUUGCGUCCGAGUCCUGGUCAGAGUUUUAUAUGAGACAGCUUUUGCAUUUUGAUUUGGGCUCGCAAGACAAGGAAAAAGAUGAGUCUACCCAUUCAGGCAGAAAACACUGGAGCUUGGAAGACCUGAAGCUCCUGCUACAGGAGCGAGAGAAGUUUUGGCAACCAGAGACGAAGGGACAAGUCGAGUCAGAGAGUUCUCUCCCAGGUAGCAGACGCAACGAUCACAAAGCAAGCUCCGUCUAUGAAGUGGAGGACGCUGACGGAAAUUAUUUGAAGCGACUCAAACAAAUGGUGUUCUUGGAAGAGGUGGGAAAGGUUUUCGUUGAGGACAACGCAAGUCUGGAUACGAAAUUUAUCUUUCCAGGGCCUCUUGAUGAAGGUCUCAAUACCGAGCCAGAGUUUCAGCACACAUAUAGUACAUCUCUAGCGCGACUCGAGCAGACGACACUGGGUAAUACGAGAAACGCUGGCUCGAAGGAAGGCUUUCACCCCUGCUCUGAUACAUGGAAAUGCCCCGAGCAUCCUACCAAAGCCCAAGGCGAGUGCUUCUCCUCGCUAUUUCAAAUCGGACCUCUUGAACAAGAGGCCGACCUCCAGCUCGCUUCAGGAGCAGGAAGGGAUAAAGUUGAUGACGACGUGGUAAUGUCUUUUGCUGAGGAUGCUCAACUUCAGCAUGAUAUCUAUGAUCACUUUGCUACACAGGCGCUCGAUGCGGCAUAUGAUGCGAUCAUGCAUCCAGAGGAAGAGACUUUGAAAUAUGUGUGGGACUAUGCAAUGCAAAUUCCUUUGAGUGCGGACAGCUUCGAAAGCAAUCCAGUCUAUCAAGACGUCCUUCCAAAUCGUGUCCCGACGGAUAAAGCAUCACUACAUUGUCCAUGGGAGGCCGUAGCAGAUACAUCGCAUGGCGUUCUAUCCUCACAUGGAAUCAUGGAACAAGGGCUGAUUGGUAUUCCCAGGGAUUUUUGGCGGCGGAACAGGCUAUAUUGA